AUGAUGCGAACCCAGGCUUCGUCUCUGCUCCGUGCCGUCCCCCGGCAGGGGCAGGCCAUGAUCAUCCGCCGUGCCGCGACCACCCACGCCAUCUCGAACCCGACCCUCAACAACAUCGAGAAGAGGUGGGAGACCAUGCCUCUCCAGGAACAGGCCGAGCUCUGGAUGGCCCUGAGGGACCGCAUGAAGGGCAGCUGGGCCGAGCUCACCCUCCAGGAGAAGAAGGCCGCGUACUGGAUCGCCUUCGGUCCCCAUGGACCCCGUGCCACCGACCCUCCCGGUCAGAGCUCCCGCGUCUUGCUCGGCACCGUCGUCGGCAUCGCUGUCAGUUUCGCCAUCUUCGGCCUCAUCCGCGCCUUCGCCAAGCCUGGCCCCUCAACCAUGAACAAGGAGUGGCAGGAGGCUGCCAACGAGUACCUCAAGGGAGAAAAAUCCGAACCUCUCACCGGCAUCUCCUCGGAAGGCUACACCGGCCGGGGCCAGGUCCAGUCCCCUCCCAAGCAGUAA